CCACCAUUUCCACCUCAGCAUCUGAGGCUUGCACACAAACUUGAUUUCUCUGCUUCUACUAUCCUGGGGCCUUCAUGGGUACUCUAGACCUUGUUCACUGUAUCCCCCCACCCCCCACCAUUACACCUCCUGACUCCAGACAUUGCUGUCCCUUUCUUCACCAGCACAGCUCCUGGAUCCCCUUGCUACCUAAUUUGCACAAGGUUUGAGAACAGCUUCUUCCAUCAAGAACCCAUGUUUUCUGGUUGCAUUUCAGUUCCCCACACAUGCCAUUUCACUUCUCUAUCAUUUUUGUCUACCAUUAUAACACCAGGGCUCAGUGGGCAAGGGCUGGAUCACUGCACUGAGCCCCCUGCACCCAGCAGGCACAAAGGACAGGGUGGGACAAGGUUGCUUCCUCUUGUCUCUGCCUAGAACUAUUUACCAUCAAGCAUUCAACAAACAUUUGUUGACUGCUUACUGUGUGUCAGGCUCUAUUGUAGGUGUUGGAGAUAGCAAUAGAUAAAAAACAUCCGUGUCCUGGGGUGGGUUGUGUGUGUGUGUGCAUGCGCGUGUGCGCAUACUUAUGUUUUGCUAGGGUAAGACCUAGAAUAGACAAUAAACACAGUGAGUAAAUUGUAUGUUAGAAGUUGAUCAGUGCAGUUCAGAAGAUCUGUAGAGCCAGGUCUGGGGAAUGAUGGGGGGGUGCAGGUAGGCAGUUUUAAAUAGGGGAGUCAGGGAAGGCUUCAUGAAGAAGGUGACAUUGAAACAAGGACUUGGAAAAAGAUGAGGCAAGUGGAUAUCUGGGGAAAGAGCAUUCCAGGCAAAGGGAACAGCAAGUGCAAAGUCCCUGAGGCUGGACUGUGCCUGCUUCAUUCAGGAACAGCUAGGAUACUAGUACGACUGGAGCCGAGUGAGGCGGCUAACAGAUGAGGUCUGGGAAGUGAUGGACGCGAUCAUCUAUCCCGAGGUGGACUUUUGUCUUUGUGAAAUAUUUCCACUCCCGACAUGCUCCGGUAAAUCCUCGUUAAUAUGAACUGGUGUGACCAAGGGUACCAUAAGGGGAAGCCCAGAAGAGAUGGGGAAGUUGGCUUUGCACUGGGGUGCCGUGUAAAGAUGUUCCAGAUGGCCUGCCGGACGGAGUCUGCUGCCAUUUAAACUGGGCUUGGUGAUAGUGCAGGAGUUUUGCAGGCAGAGAGGGGUGAGGGAUUAGGUUGGUUUGUCAGUGCUUGACACACAACAGGCGCCCAAUAAAUAAAAUGAAAAACCGGAGAGCCCAGGAGGUGGGGCAGGGGGAACCACGGGCGGGGCUCCGGCGGGCCAGAAGAGGUAGUUGAGAGGUGGCAGUAAAACCCAAUUUAGGGUACAAAUCCUCCCGUGAGGCGGAAAAGAGCCCCCUUUCCAACCCAAAGUCCCAAGCAUGCGUAGUAAUGCACUCGCUCCUGUAAAGGUCCAUCUUUCCCUUCAGCCUAGGCUCCACCCCGUGAGCUUCGCUGAUGGAGAUGGGAGGGGUUAAAGGCGGGACGAAAUUCGAUUGAAAGACCUUUUGACCAAUCACCUUGCGAGGCAUUCGACCCAUGGUUGAGAACAAAAAGGAGGCCCCGCCCCCUCGACGGUGAAACCAAUGAAAACCUGGCAGAGGCGCGGCCGGGGCAGCGAAAUCACGCCUCUCCAGCCAGGCCACGCCCUUUAUUCUUGCUCUGCCUCACCCCAGGGAGCAAAUCCGAUUGGAUGGGCGACAAUCUCAAAGGGCGGGGCCGCAUACAUUCACAGUGGGAAUGAGCUCGCGUUUGGGGAGGAGCAGCUGGGCGGGGCUAGACUCUGUCCUAUCUAAGGUGGUAGAGGCCAGUGAUUCUCCAGGCCGCUUCUCCUAGAAAAGUCAUCUUCUCGCGAACCUUUAAAGUCCCUGCCUCCGGAGGCACCUCAAGGGACUAGGACUGACUGCCUUAUCUUUUUCCUCCUUCCCAAAGUCCCGUUUGCUAUCAUGGGGAUGUACCAAGUGAGACGGAGUAGGGGGACCGAGUGGUGACCGGCACGCUGGUCACUGUCUGCUGCCCACUUCAGCGUUAGCAAACUUCUAGCAAGAUCGGAACUGAGUACUAAACAACCUCUACACUUCCCCCCUGGCGCCAUUCCAGGGCAGCGCCACAUUCCCCAGUGGGCGCGCAAUGGCCGCGCCCCCUCCCGCUGCGGACGGGUCUUUUGGUACAUCCAGUCCGAGGUCGCCAUGGAUCGGAUGAAGAAGAUCAAACGGCAGCUGUCAAUGACACUCCGAGGGGGCCGAGGUGUAGAUAAGACCAAUGGUGCCCCUGAACAGAUAGGCCUGGAUGAGAGUGGCAGUGGCGGCGGCAGUGACCUUGGAGAGGGCCCCACACGUGCUGCCCCUGGUGAACCUCGCUCUGGACGGGGCCCACUCAGCUCUGCACCAGAGAUUGUACACGAGGACUUGAAGAUGGGGUCUGACGGGGAAAGUGACCAGGCUUCAGCCACGUCCUCGGAUGAGGUGCAGUCACCAGUGAGGGUGCGCAUGCGCAACCAUCCCCCACGCAAGAUCUCCACUGAGGACAUCAACAAGCGCCUAUCACUACCAGCCGACAUCCGGCUGCCCGAGGGCUACCUUGAGAAGCUGACCCUCAAUAGCCCCAUCUUCGACAAGCCCCUCAGCCGCCGCCUCCGCCGUGUCAGCCUGUCUGAGAUUGGCUUUGGGAAACUGGAGACCUACAUCAAGCUGGACAAGCUGGGAGAGGGUACCUAUGCCACCGUGUACAAAGGCAAAAGCAAGCUCACAGACAACCUCGUGGCACUCAAGGAGAUCAGACUGGAACACGAAGAGGGGGCACCCUGCACCGCCAUCCGGGAAGUGUCCCUGCUCAAGGACCUCAAACACGCCAACAUCGUCACGCUACACGACAUUAUUCACACGGAGAAGUCCCUCACCCUUGUCUUUGAGUACCUGGACAAGGACCUGAAGCAGUACCUGGAUGACUGUGGGAACGUCAUCAACAUGCACAAUGUGAAACUGUUCCUGUUCCAGCUGCUCCGUGGCCUGGCCUACUGCCACCGGCAGAAGGUGCUACACCGAGACCUCAAGCCCCAGAACCUGCUCAUCAAUGAGAGAGGAGAGCUCAAGCUGGCCGACUUUGGCCUGGCCCGGGCCAAGUCAAUUCCAACGAAGACCUACUCCAAUGAGGUGGUAACACUGUGGUACCGGCCCCCCGACAUCCUGCUCGGGUCCACGGACUACUCCACUCAGAUUGACAUGUGGGGUGUGGGCUGCAUCUUCUAUGAGAUGGCCACAGGCCGGCCCCUCUUCCCGGGCUCCACGGUGGAGGAACAGCUGCACUUCAUCUUCCGCAUCUUGGGAACCCCAACUGAGGAGACAUGGCCGGGCAUCCUGUCCAAUGAAGAGUUCAAGACAUACAACUACCCCAAGUACCGAGCCGAGGCCCUUUUGAGCCAUGCACCCCGACUUGACAGCGACGGGGCUGACCUCCUCACCAAGCUGCUGCAGUUUGAAGGUCGCAAUCGGAUCUCCGCAGAAGAUGCCAUGAAACAUCCAUUCUUCCUCAGUCUGGGGGAACGGAUCCACAAACUUCCUGACACUACUUCCAUAUUUGCACUAAAGGAGAUCCAGCUACAAAAGGAGGCCAGCAUUCGGUCUUCGUCAAUGCCUGACUCAGCUGCGAUGACUGUGAGAGGAGGGCGAACGGCCAUGGCGGCGGUGGCAGAGAGUCCGGCGGCUGCGGCUGCGGCCGAGGACCGAGAGCCACAGCGUAAAGCGGUGCCGGGCCUGGAGAGCCAGCGGCGCCAGAUCGAGAACGGCGAGAAUGGGCGAGGGCAUCCGCUGCGGGCGGGCGAAAGCUGGUUCCUCGUGGAGCAGCACUGGUACAAGCAGUGGGAAGUAUACGUGCAGGGAGGAGACCAGGACCCCAGCACCUUCCCUGGCUGCAUCAACAAUGCUGAGCUCUUUGAAGACCAGGUAAACUGGCGCCUCAAGAAGGGACUGGUGGAAGGUGAGGACUAUGUGCUGCUCCCAGCGGCUGCUUGGCAUUACCUGGUCAACUGGUAUGGUCUAGAGCAUGGCCAGCCUCCCAUUGAACGCAAGGUCGUGGAGCUGUCCAACAUCCAGAAGGUUGAAGUGUACCCAGUAGAACUGCUGCUCAUCCAGCACAGUGAUAUGGACACAGCUCACACCGCUCAGUUCAGCCGCACAGAUUCUGUUGGGUCCCAGGAAGACCUUGAAUGUGCUCCAUCACCCUCCACAGACCUAGUUCUGCGCACCGCUCAAGAGCAGUUUCUGGUGAGCCCCCAAGAAGAGACACGGCUGUGGAUCAAGAACGCGGAGGGCUCUUUUGAGAGGUUGUGCAACACACGUGUCACAGUGCUUGACGCCGCUCUCAAGACUGGGCAGGUGGUCAUCAUGGAGACCCGAAACAAGGAUGGCACUUGGCCCAGCGCACAGCUGCCCGCCAUGAGCAGCGCGUCGGAGGAGGAUGAGGACUUCCAGGGCCAGCCGGGCAUCUGUGGUCUCACCAAUCUGGGCAACACGUGCUUCAUGAACUCGGCCCUGCAGUGCCUCAGCAACGUGCCACAGCUCACCAACUACUUCCUCAAAAACCGCUACCUGGAGGAGCUCAACUUCUGCAACCCACUGGGCAUGAAGGGGGAGAUCGCAGAGGCCUAUGCGGACCUGGUGAAGCAGGCGUGGUCCGGCCACCACCGCUCCAUCGUGCCCCACGUGUUCAAGACCAAGGUCGGCCACUUUGCGUCCCAGUUUCUGGGCUACCAGCAGCAUGACUCACAGGAGCUGCUGUCGUUCCUCCUGGAUGGGCUGCACGAGGACCUCAAUCGUGUUAAGAAGAAGGAAUAUGUGGAACUGUGCGAUGCUGCUGGGAGGCCAGAUCAGGAGGUUGCUCAGGAGGCCUGGCAGAACCACAAACGGCGGAACGAUUCUGUGAUUGUGGACACUUUCCAUGGCCUCUUCAAGUCCACGGUGGUGUGCCCUGAUUGUGGCAACGUGUCUGUGACCUUCGACCCCUUCUGCUACCUCAGUGUCCCAUUGCCUAUGACCCACAAGAGGGUCAUGGAGGUCUUCUUUGUCUCCAUGGACCCCCGCCGCAAGCCAGAGCAGCACCGGCUCGUGGUCCCCAAGAAAGGCAAGAUCUCGGAUCUGUGUGUGGCUCUGGCCAAACACACUGGUGUCUCGCCAGAAAGGAUGAUGGUGGCCGAUGUCUUCAGUCACCGCUUCUAUAAGAUCUACCAGCUGGAGGAGUCUCUGAGCAGCAUCUUGGACCGAGAUGAUAUCUUCAUAUACGAGGUGUCAGGCAGGGCUGCUAUUGGCGAGAACUCCAGAGAGGACGUUGUGCUUCCUAUCUACCUGCGGGAGCGCACCCCAGCCCGGGACUACAACAAUUCUUACUAUGGCCUGAUGCUCUUUGGGCACCCGCUCCUGGUGUCGGUGCCCCGGGACCGGCUCUCCUGGGACGCCCUGUAUCACAUCCUGCUGUACCGCCUCUCACGCUAUGUGACCAGACCCAGCUCGGAUGACGAGGAUGAUGGGGAUGAGAAAGACCUGGAGGAUAAGGACAACCUCCCUAAGGCUGGACAUGUGGCUGGGGGCAGCUCCCAAGACCCUGGGCCGGAGCAGGCUGGGCCCAGCUCUGGAGUCGCGGGCGGGAGCCGGGCCCCCGUGGACAACUCCCCUGGACCAUCCCACUGGCCCCAGAGAGCACGGCGCAAACACCUCUUCACCCUGCAGACAGUGAAUUCCAAUGGGACCAGCGACCGCUCGACCUUCAACGAGGAUACCCAUGGUGUCUCCUUCAGCUGUGAGCCAGGGUUGGGGAGGCGGGAGGGGGGUGUGCUUGGCAGCAGGGCCCAUGACCACCUCCCCUCGCCCCCAGCCCAGCCGUACAUUGCCAUCGACUGGGAGCCAGAGAUGAAGAAGCGUUACUAUGACGAGGUGGAGGCUGAGGGCUACGUGAAGCAUGACUGUGUUGGGUACGUGCUGAAGAAGGCUCCGGUGCGGCUGCAGGAGUGCAUCGAGCUCUUCACCACCACUGAGACCCUGGAGAAGGAAAACCCCUGGUACUGCCCCAAUUGCAAGCAGCACCAGCUGGCCACCAAGAAGCUGGACCUGUGGAUGCUGCCGGAGACGCUCAUCAUCCACCUGAAGCGCUUUUCCUACACCAAGUUCUCCCGCGAGAAGCUGGAUACCCUUGUGGAGUUUCCUAUCCGGGACCUGGACUUCUCCAAGUUUGUCAUCAAGCCGCAGAACGAGUCGGCCCCAGAGCUGUACAAAUAUGAUCUCAUUGCAGUUUCCAACCAUUACGGGGGCCUGCGGGAUGGACACUACACGACAUUUGCCUGCAACAAGGACAGCGGUCAAUGGCACUACUUCGAUGACAACAGUGUCUCACCUGUGACUGAGAAUCAGAUUGAGUCCAAGGCAGCCUAUGUCCUGUUCUACCAACGCCAGGAUGUGGCACGUCGCCUGCAACCCCAGCCCAGCUUAUCUGACCCCCCAGCGUCCCCAGCCUUUGGUACCCCAGCCAACUCUGAGUUCAUGGAUGUAAAUUGAGGGGCCCUGGCCCUGCCACAGGGAAGGUAGCCAUCUCUGCUCUCUUCCUUCCCAGCUCCACCCCUGUCCUCUUACCUGUGUUAGGUGCCCCAUGCCAGACGCCACAGGCUUAGUCGUGGCUACUGUUCUCCUGUGCUGCUAUAUUGCUUUCUCUUGGGGAAGAAGAGGUCAUGUCUCCUUCCAGCAGUGUGUUCCCUACCUGUGUUUGCCCCUUAGAGCAUUAACCCUCCCUUCUAUUCUCUAUUUAUGGUUGUCCCCUUCCCUCUUGUCCUCAACCUGGGGUGAACUGAGGGGUUGGUGGUGGGAUGCACCUGAACACAGAGUGUAUUUUCUUAUUGAGACUCUGUACUUUCUGCUGUGUACAUAUAAACGUGCCAGUGUGUUC